AUGCAGGAGAAGUUCCUGGAAAUGUUGUGGCCCUUCAGGCAUGGAAUUUCUGGAGGGAUUUUCCAACAAAGAGCCUUGACAAAGCCAAUGUUUAUCAACACACUGCUUGGACAUCCUGCAUUUCAGAACUUACACGUAAAAGUUGGAGACAAAGCUGAACUUAGCAAGGCUUUUACACAGAAUGAUGUAGUUACUUUUUCUUAUUUAACAGGUGACACAAAUCCUUUGCAUUUAAAUGAAGAAUUUGCAAAGAAGUCUAGGUUUGGGAGAACCGUUGUCCAUGGAGUUCUGAUCAAUGGACUUAUUUCUGCAGUUCUGGGCACCAAAAUGCCUGGUCAAGGAUGUAUAUUUCUCUCCCAGGAGAUUCGUUUUCCAGCUCCUUUGUAUGUUGGUGAAGAAGUCACAGCUGCAGCAGAAGUGAAACGACUGAAGGGUUCUGUUGCACACAUUUCUGUAUCGUGUCAGGUCAGGGAAGGUGGGAAAACUGUUAUGGAAGGGAUGGUGAAAGUCAUGGUGCCAGAGAGUUAGAGCUGUUCAUCAUGUGCAAC